ACACGCAACUAUAGUUAAUUAUUGUUAUUUUUUGUGGCUAUAAUAAAAGUUUAAUAACCGACAUCAAAUUCUUCCUAUAUAUAGGACCUCAGACAAGAAGUUUAAUCUAUUAGAAAAUCUUUGGUAUUUUUUGGCAGAAGCAAAGUCAUUGUCUAGAAGUUUUCGCUAUCAAGAGACGAUUUUCGGACGGUUCACAAGUUCUCAACAAACAAGGUACAUGGUUGAUAUCGAUAUUCAGAUUCCUGCUGCUCUUGACCCUUUUGCUGAGGCCGAGUCGGGGGCUCCUGGAGUGAAGGAGUAUGUGCAUAUUCGCAUUCAACAAAGGAAUGGAAAGAAAAGCUUGACGACUGUUCAAGGACUGAAGAAAGAUUACAGCUACGAAAAGAUACUCAAGGAUCUUAAGAAGGAGUUUUGCUGUAAUGGUAAUGUGGUGCAGGAUAAAGAGCUAGGGAAAGUUAUCCAGCUGCAAGGUGAUCAGCGUAAGAAAGUCGCGAAUUUCCUUCUUCAAGCUGGUCUUGUGAAGAAAGAUCAGAUCAAAAUACAUGGUUUUUAGACCUUGAGUUUGAUGAUGAGAUACAAAUAAGAUUAUACAAAGCUUUAAGAGAGUUUGCUUAGUUUGAUUUCUGGUUUUUACUUUGGUCAUUUGAUAUUUGUGGUUUGAACUUGGUUUUCUUUUAUAAUUGUUUCCAUGUUAAUACAUCCUUCAUGGGUGGUAGUAGUGUGGAAUGUAUUCAGCUUGAGAACUUCUUACUAGUAAAUAAUAUUGGGUUCUUUUUGGAUCUAAAUCAAA